AUGGAAGACAUCAUGAAGCAGACUUGGGAGAAAAUUGAAGAGAUGUUUGCUUCAAAAUCAUUGUCCAACAAGCUUUUCUUGAAGGAUGAGCUUCACUCUCUAAAUAUAGAGAAUGACUCAAACAUGAUGGAGCAUCUUAGCGCCUUUAAUAGGCGUAUUGCAAACUUGCAAAGGUUGAAUGAAGUUUAUAAGUCGGAAGACAAGGCUGUGAUGUUGUUGACAUCCGUGCCUCCAUCUUAUAAGCACUUUUGCACUACACUUAUGUUCGGCAAGAGAACUCUGAAGUGUGAAGAAGUGAUGUAA